AUGCAAGUAACCUUUGUACCUCGUGUUAGACUAAUAUGGGCUUAGAUAAUAACUAAUGUAUAAGCUGUUUGCAAAAAGAUGGAUUAUUUAUAGAUGAAAAUGGAAAAUGUGUUAAAUGUGAUACAGCUUGUUAGACUUGCACAAAAUAAGGGGCAUCUAAUUGUUUAUAAUGUGCAACAGGAUAUUUUUUAGAUUAAAAGAUAUGUAAAAAGUGUGAUUAAAGCUAAGGCUACUACAUUGCUUAAGAUCAAACAUGUUAAAAAUGUAAUGAUUACUGUGCAACAUGUACUUCAAACGGAAAUACUAAAUAAAGUUGCUUAACUUGCAAAGGAGUUAACAAAUGGGUGUAUCAAGACUACAAUUCUCCUGAUGAUAACUAAAUGUUUUGUGGUUAAUGUAAAACUAAUGAAGGAUUUUUUGUUGAUAGCAAUGGAGUUUGUAAAAAGUGUCCUUAAAAUUGUUCAUAGUGUUAAUAAACAAAUGGUCCAUUAAAAUGUACAAAAUGCGAGUCUAAUUUCUAUUUUGAAGGGGAUACUAAUGUAUGCAAAUCAUGUGACGUUAGUAUUAAUAAUUACAUAGAAAAUGGAGUUAGUUGCAAAUAAUGUGAUAAAACAUGCUCUACAUGCACUGCAGGAGGUCCAAAUAACUGUAUAACUUGUGCUAGUGGAUACAUUAUUCAUCAAGAAAGUAGGAUGUGUGUGA